AUGGCAUCCUCUGCUGUAUUUGCGAUUGUGAUCCUUUACGAUCUCUCGGCGACUUCCUUAUCCGAAAAACAUUACGAUUUGCAUCGCUGUCGUGGUAUGGACUAUCUCGAUUCAAACAUAAAGAAACCUCUGGAAAAAGCAAUCAAAGCACAGGUCAAAGCCAAGUUGUUGAGCUACGAUUGCCUUUUGGAACAGGCAGCUGGUGCGAAUUUUAUCAAAUCCAAGCAACACCUAUCGUGGGAUAGCAUUCGGCCGCCAGUACUUCGAGAUGCUGAAGAGCAAAGAUACGAAGAAGUAAUGAACGCAGGACCUCUGUUAGGGACUGAACGUAUCUCGAAUUUCGUUGGGACCGCCGUAGAACAAUGGAAGGAUUACCUUGCAAAACUGGACGAUCAGGACGAGAUGGGCGGAAUCAUCCCGCAAUCUGUUAGGUUGUCAAGGAAGUUCUCUCGGACCUCGAAUGUGACAUUGACAAGAGGUGAAUUCGCACGAUUUUCUUGCUUCAGUUUAAGCUACGCCGAAAAGCUGCCGAAACAGCUCGGUAGUAUCAAUGAUGCUUCUGGGCCAGGAAAAGGAAGAAAAACUAGCGGCACAAUGGUGGUUCAAGAAAUUCCGCAGCGUACCUAUAUUGAAAUAAUUCCUAUAAAAGAAGCUUGGACACCGAUCGAGUGUCAUUUCGCGAUGAUAUCCCUUGCUGUAUUACCACUAUUGAUCUUCCUUCCCCUUUCGCUGUCUGCACCCAAGGCUACAGUUGACUUGUGUAAGGUGAAAGAUCCUCUCUUUCCAGAAAAGAAGGGACCAUUGCUGGAAGCAAUUCGUGAAGCCAAAAACGAAAAAACGGAAUUGGUUGGUUUUAUAGCUAAUCUAACCUAA